AUGGCAGACAGCAAAGAUAUCCAAUAUCAAAACUUCGAGGGCGCAGGAGGUGCUCGUCGACGUUCCACUGUGGCCGACCUGAAUAGGGAUAGGAACUUGGAUGCAAAGGUAUCGAACCCUCUUGCAGAUAUUCCUCGAGAACAACUCAUGAAAGAUGUCGAAGAGUUUGCUGCUCGUACCGGCAUGACCGAUGAGGUCGAGCUGAUCAAGAAAGGCGCUCUCGUUGCCCAGAACCCCAGCAAUUACGAAAACGUGACCGACCUCGACGAUGAAGAGCGAGAUGCUCUACAUGUCGAAGUCACCAAGAAAUGGCGCCACCCAAAGCAACUCUACAUUACUGUCGCCGUCUGCUCGAUUGGUGCCGCUGUCCAGGGAUGGGAUCAAACAGGAUCCAACGGUGCCAACCUUUCCUUCCCUGAGGUCUUUGGCCUGGACACACCCAAAGGCGAGCCUGGUUAUGAACGCGACUUUUGGAUUAUUGGUCUUGUCAACGCUGCUCCCUAUAUCGGCAGUGCCUUUCUCGGGUGUUGGCUGUCGGACCCCUGCAACUUCUACCUCGGCCGACGUGGAACCAUCUUCGCCUCUGCAAUGAUUCUCAUAGCGACCCCUCUCGGUGGUGCAUUCAGCAAAACCUGGGAACAGUUGUUUGCGAGCCGUAUAAUCAUGGGUAUCGGCAUGGGUUUGAAAGGGGCGACCACGCCGAUCUUCGCCGCGGAAAACUCCCCCGCUCCCAUUCGUGGUGCACUGGUCAUGACCUGGCAAUUUUGGACGGCUUUUGGUAUUUUCAUGGGUACGGCGUUCAACUUGGCCGUAUACUACGCUGGGAGUAUUGGAUGGCGCCUUCAGAUCGGGUCCGCCUUCAUCCCGGCGAUUCCGUUGGCGGCCUUGGUCUAUCUUUGUCCGGAGAGCCCUCGAUGGUAUAUCAAGCACAACAAGCACAAGAAAGCGUACCAAUCACUGCGCAAGCUUCGAAGACAUCCCCUUCUUGCCGCCAGGGAUCUAUACUACAUCUCCACGCAGAUCGAGAUCGAACACGAAAUAGUAGGCGACUCGACCUACGUCUCUCGCUUUUUCCAACUCUUCACCAUCCCUCGACUGCAGCGUGCAACGCUGGCCUCGUUCGUGGUCAUGAUCGCCCAGCAGAUGUGCGGUAUUAACAUCAUGGCCUUCUAUUCGUCUACGAUUUUCCGCAGUUCUGGAGCAUCUGAUAUCGAGGCUCUACUCGGCUCCUUUGGCUUCGGUGGCAUCAAUUUUCUUUUCGCAAUUCCGGCCUUCGUCACUAUAGACACGUUUGGAAGAAGAUCUCUGCUCCUUUUCACGUUCCCUCAGAUGGCCUGGACGCUGCUGGCCGCCGGGUUUGCCUUUUACAUUCCAGAAAGCAAUCAGAGCGCACGAAUGGGAGUCAUAGCCCUGUUCAUCUAUCUCUAUGCGGCGUUCUAUUCGCCUGGAGAAGGUCCAGUGCCUUUCACCUACUCUGCAGAGGUUUUCCCUCUCUCACACCGUGAAGUUGGCAUGGGUUGGGCUGUUGCAACAUGUCUUUUCUGGGCUGCAGUACUGAGCUUGACAUUCCCCAAGAUCCUCGAAGCAUUUACGCCAACCGGUGCUUUCGGUUUCUUCGCGGGUUUGAAUAUGGUUGCGCUCCUUAUGAUCUUCUUGUGGGUUCCAGAGACCAAGCAACGAUCCCUCGAGGAGCUCGAUUACAUCUUCGCCGUACCAACUCGCAGGUUCAUCAAGUACAAUGUUGGUACCUGGCUGCCUUGGUUCAUCAAACGAUACAUAUUCUUCAACAAGAAUGCCGAGCUCAAACCGUUGUACCACUUCGACGCUGGUAUCGUUGCGGAUUUCAAUGAGCAAGAGAAGCGUGAGCGUGAUCCUCAUAGAAGGACUUCUCACAGUGUCCAACACACCGGAACUGAGGAGGCAUGA